AUGGGCUUGACACCAUGUCCACGGACGGCCUGUCCCUUAAGGUCUAUGGAGCCGGCUGAUCAACAGUUCGACUUCGACCGGACUCCCAUGUCGUGGUUGCAACAGACUGAAAACACUCCAGUUCAGUCUAGCAAGAAGGCGACUGUGAAGAGAUCUGAGAGAAGACGUGAGCAGAAUAGACUAUCUCAACGUGCAUACCGAGAACGAAAAGAAAAUCACGUCAAGAGCCUCGAAAGUCAGCUUCAAAGCUUGUGCGAGAGCCACGAAAUUCUGGUACAAUCAUACAGAGGCCAAGCGCGUGAAGUCGGCCAACUUGAGGGUCGACUCGCAAGGUUGAAGGCCGAACUCCAGACUUUGCGAGCCAGCCAUGUCCGACCUUUGGCAGAGUUUUGCUGCUCGAGAGCUGUUAUCAAUCUUGUCGAACUUUCAGUCUCUGGACCGAUUCCCGGAUGCUCGACAGGCUACGCUGACCACAGUCCUGUUAAUCCUGAUACUGAGUGUUUCUCGCCAUUCGUUUGA